CUCAACUCUUAUUUUGACGAUAUAACCGGAGGUUGUGCAGCAGCCGGAUGCUGUGUUUCGUCACAAAGACGCGACAGAGUUCCGCACGUGAGAGCGUGAAGAAGCUGUGUUUCAUGUCGAUGAAGCUUUUAAAGUGAAGAGAGAUGGAGAGAAGAGAAGAGGAGGAAGAGGAGAUGAAGACUGCGGCUGAGAGAGAGGAGGAGGAGGAGGAAGAGGAGGAGCAGGAGGAGGAGGACGAUGACGAUACAGAUAGUGCCAGGAUAAAGAAGAAGAAGACGAACAAACAGGAAGGGGUGACUUCCUGUCCAGACAGGAAGUGUGUUCCAGGUAUCAUCUACCUGGGUCACAUUCCUCCGAGGUUCCGCCCCAAACACCUGAGGAACCUGAUGUCAGUGUACGGAGAGAUUGGACGAAUCUUCCUGCAGCCUGAAGAUGGUCAGGUGAGGAAAAGGAAGGGGAGGUCUGGUUUGAGUAGGUGUGAUUUCACUGAAGGAUGGGUGGAGUUCAGAGAUAAACGAGUGGCCAAGAGAGUAGCAGCAUCUCUCCACAACACGCCGAUGGGAACUAGGAAACGCCAACGAUUCUUCCACGACCUCUGGUCCAUCAAGUACCUGCACAGGUUCCAGUGGACUCACCUAAGUGAGCGGCUGGCCUAUGAACAGACUGUCCUGCAGCAGAGACUCAGAACUGAGGUGUCUCAGGCGAAGAGAGAAACAAACUUCUACCUGAACAAUGUGGACAAAAGUACUCACCUGGACAAGCUGAGGAAGAAGAGACGGAGAGACGGCCAACAGGUGGACGAGAGGACGUGGGACUUCACUCAGCGUCAGACGGAGGACGAAAUUCAGAUAAAGAAAAAAAAGAAGAAUGACUCUGUUACCCAGAAGCACCUGGCGAAGUCCCUCCUUAUACAGCAGAAGAGCCAAUCAAACGUCUCUCUGCUGGCCAAGAUUUUCAACUCCAACAAAUCAGAGUAAAGACUCUUCUGAUUGGCUGUUGGACCAGACUGUUUUCAUAGAAUUCUGUACCCACCUCAAUGAGCUCGUCAAGAUUUUUAUUCUGUCAUGAUGUCCUUGCCAUCACAUUUAUAUCUCUCUAUAUUAAAUGUUGUAAAUAAAUCUACAUCCUGUGACUAUA